AUGGCAACAGAGGCAACUACGUCUAGCAUACCAGCAAGGAAGCGACCGGAGGAGAUAUACAAUCUGAGAUGCGACGGAUGCAAAAAUUGGCGACAUUGGAUGCAUUUCACGGGCCAGUGGGGAUUGACAAGAAAGUUUGCAGGGUCUGUAAGAGAGAGCUUCACGACAGUCGGCAAACUGGGGAAGCGGAAAGCCGUUGGCGAGGACAUUCGUCCCAGCAAGAAAGAGAAAGCCAUGACAGAAAACAUGCAAGUCGACAGCCCUGCCACCGCUGUCGAACAGCUCAAGGAAGCCUCUGGUAGUAACGGCGACAUCGAUGAAUCCCUCUACAGCAGGCAGCUGUACGUGCUGGGCCAUGAGGCCAUGAAGCGCAUGGGCUCUUCCAACGUCCUCGUUGCUGGUCUACGAGGUCUCGGUGUCGAGAUUGCGAAGAACAUCGCCCUGGCCGGUGUUAAGUCGCUGACACUCUACGACCCCAAGCCCGCUGCUCUCGCCGAUCUAUCGUCGCAGUUCUUCCUUACUCCCGCCGAUGUGGGGAAGCCGCGCGCCUCCGUCACCGUGCCUCGCGUCUCCGAGCUCAACCCAUACACACCUGUGCAGGAAUUCAGUGGAAAGGAUCUGACGUCAGACCUGUCGCAGUUGAAGCAGUUCCAGGUCAUUGUCCUUACCGACACGCUGCUCGACGACCAAAUCAAGAUCGCAGACUACUGCCACGACAACGGUAUCUACGUUGUCAUUACUGACACAUACGGUCUGUUCGGCACCAUCUUCACUGACUUCGGCAAGAACUUCACCAUCGGCGACCCCACCGGCGAGAACGUCAACAACGGCAUCAUCGCCGGCAUCGAUGAGGACGGUAUCGUGUCAGCACUAGACGAGACAAGACACGGUCUCGAAGAUGGUGACUGGGUCACAUUCUCCGAAGUUGAGGGUAUGGAGGGCCUGAACGGCUGUGCGCCUCGCAAGAUUGAGGUCAAGGGACCAUAUACUUUCUCCAUCGGCGAUGUUUCUGGCCUAGGAGAGUACAAGAAGGGGGGACAGUUCAUUCAAGUCAAGAUGCCGAAGAUCAUCAACUUUGAGCCUUUCAGCAAGCAGCUCAAGAAGCCUGAGCUUCUCAUCUCCGACUUCGCCAAGUUUGACCGACCGCAACAGCUGCACGUCGGUAUCCAGGCCAUUCACAAAUUCGCGAACCUCCACAAGGGCGAGUUCCCACGUCCUCACCACGAAGCCGAUGCGGAUGAGCUUUUCAAGAUCGCACAAGAGAUCGCAGGCCAAGGGGAGGACAAGGUUGAGCUGGACGAGAAACUCAUCAAGGAACUCAGUUACCAAGCGCGCGGUGACCUCAGCCCCGUCGCUGCGUUCUUCGGUGGCAUGGCCGCUCAGGAAGUUCUCAAGUCCGUGUCUGGAAAAUUCCACCCCAUUGUUCAGUUCCUCUACUUCGAUUCGUUGGAGUCAAUUCCCACCUCCACAACCCGUUCGGAAGAGCAGUGCGCUCCGAUUGGCUCGCGCUACGAUGGUCAGAUCGCCGUUCUGGGUCAGGAAUACCAGAAGAAGCUCAGCAAUGUCAAGCAGUUCCUCGUUGGUGCAGGUGCCAUCGGCUGCGAGAUGCUCAAGAACUGGGCUAUGAUGGGUCUCGGUACUGGUCCCGAGGGCAAGAUUACCGUAACCGACAAUGACCAGAUCGAAAAGAGCAACUUGAACCGACAGUUCUUGUUCCGACCAGCAGAUGUUGGAAAGCUAAAGAGUGACGCUGCAGCAAAGGCUGUUCAGGUCAUGAACCCUGAUCUCAGUGGAAAGAUUGUGACACUUCAAGACAAGGUCGGCCCGGAGACUGAGCAUAUCUUCAACGAGGAGUUCUGGAAUUCUCUGGACGGCGUAACAAACGCGCUGGAUAACGUAGAAGCGCGCACGUACGUUGACCGACGGUGUGUGUUCUUCCGCAAGCCUCUGCUUGACAGUGGUACUCUCGGCACCAAGGGCAACACCCAGGUUGUUCUGCCAUUUAUUACAGAGUCUUACUCUUCAUCACAAGAUCCCCCCGAGAAGUCCUUCCCUAUGUGCACACUCAGGAGUUUCCCCAACCGGAUUGAGCACACUAUCGCCUGGGCGCGAGAGUCAUUCGAUUCGCUAUUCGUCAAGGGUCCGGAGAUCGUUAAUCUGUACUUGACGCAGCCCGACUACCUUGGUGCAUCGCUGAAGCAGUCUGGUAACGAGAAGCAAACUUUGGAGACUUUGCGGGAUUUCCUGGUCACCGAGAAGCCGCUGUCUUUUGACGACUGCAUUAUUUGGGCCCGUCAUCAAUUCGAGAAGAACUACAACCACGCAAUAGCGCAGUUGCUGUACAACUUCCCCAAGGAUUCCAAGACCGGCUCCGGUCAGCCAUUCUGGUCAGGACCCAAGCGUGCGCCAGACCCAUCAAAGUUUGACUCUUCAAACCCAACACACUUUACCUAUGUGGAAGCUGCUGCCACUUUACAUGCGUUCAACUACGGUAUCAAGCCGAAUGCGUCGAAGGAGCACUACGUUGAAGUUCUUAACGACAUGAUCGUCCCUGACUUCCAGCCCGAUCCUACUGUGAAGAUCCAGGCCGACGAGAAGGAGCCAGACCCGAACGCUAACCAGGCUGGUAGUGAUGAUAAUGAGUCGCUUGAUAGCAUUAUCAAGCAACUUCCAGCACCAAAGUCUCUCGCCGGAUUCAAGCUUGAGCCUGUCGAGUUCGAGAAGGAUGAUGACUCCAACCACCACAUUGACUUCAUCACUGCGGCCAGUAAUCUCCGUGCUGAGAACUACAAGAUUGAGCAAGCGGACCGUCAUAAGACCAAGUUCAUUGCUGGAAAGAUUAUUCCGGCCAUUGCUACCACUACCGCCUUGGUGACUGGUCUCGUCAACCUUGAAUUGUACAAGAUCAUUGACGGCAAGACGGACAUCGAGCAAUACAAGAACGGCUUCAUCAACUUGGCGCUGCCAUUCUUCGGUUUCAGUGAGCCGAUUGCAAGCCCGAAGGGUACAUACCAAGGGCACGAUGGCGAAGUAACGAUCGACAAGCUAUGGGAUCGUUUUGAGGUGGAUGAUAUCCCCCUCAAGGACUUUGUGGACCACUUUGAGAAGAAGGGUCUAUCAAUCCAGAUGAUCAGCUCUGGUGUUAGUUUGCUCUACGCAUCAUUCUACCCUCCAGCCAAAUUGAAGGACAGGAUGCCUCUCACUAUGAGCAAGCUUGUUGAGCACGUCAGCAAGAAGCCAGUACCCGAGCACCAGAAGAACGUCAUCUUCGAGAUUACGGCUGAGGAUCAGAAGGAGGAGGAUGUUGAGAUCCCGUAUGUGAUGGACUUUCCCUCAGUAUGCAACAAUGUAGUCUUCACACCCAUCCCAAUCACAUUCACACACAUCAUGGCGCCCUCCCUAGAAGAGCCAGUACAGGUCGAUUUUGAAGCGCCACUCAAGGCUGCGCCGAAACUCGUUGCGCCUGAGCCAGAACACUGUCCUGGUCCCGAGUCCCUCACAGCCGGUCAAGCAGAUUCAUGCGCAGGAUGUCCCAACCAGUCAAUAUGCGCCUCCGCACCCAAGGGCCCUGAUCCCGACAUACCCAUCAUAACCGCACGGCUGUCCUCGGUGAAGCACAAGAUCCUCGUCCUCUCCGGCAAAGGCGGCGUCGGAAAGUCGACCUUCAGCACAAUGCUAUCACAUGGCUUCGCAUCGAAUCCGUCAUCGACCGUCGGGCUCAUGGACACAGACAUCUGCGGACCCAGCAUACCAAAGAUGAUGGGUGUGGAAGAAGAGACAAUACACGUUAGCGGAGAAGGAUGGGAACCCGUAUGGGUCAGCGAGAACCUCGGAGUCAUGAGCGUACAGUUCAUGCUACCAAACCGCGACGAUGCAGUAAUAUGGCGAGGCGCAAAAAAGAACGGUCUGAUCAAGAAAUUUCUCAUGGACGUAACUUGGGGGGAACUGGACUUUUUGAUCGUCGACACACCACCGGGCACAUCCGACGAACAUCUCUCUGUAAACUCGUUCCUUAAAGCCAGUGGCGUCGAUGGCGCGGUCCUCGUUUCCACACCCCAAGAAGUCUCGCUCCUCGAUGUUAGGAAGGAGAUUGAUUUCUGCCGGAAAGCCGGCAUACCUAUACUGGGAAUCGUGGAGAAUAUGAGCGGGUUUGUUUGCCCAGGUUGCAAACAUGAGUCUCAGAUAUUUAGAGCAAGUACGGGUGGUGCAGCAAGGCUGGCUAAGGAUCAGAAUAUACCCUUCUUGGGCAAGGUACCACUGGACCCGAGGAUAGGCAUGGCAUGUGAUUUUGGGGAGAGUUUCUUAACAGCGUACCCAGACAGUCCGGCAUGUGCUGCUAUCAAAGAGGUUGUCAGGAGAGUUGGGGAGGAGAUCGGGCUGAGUAGGGAAGAGGUGUUGCCUGUGGAUGAAGAGGAAGUCUGA